AUGCGGCUGUGUAUCAUCGGACCACACAGUCUUUCACUGGCCAGUGUUUUCAGAGAAUGCCAGGGGCGGAAUGAAGAGGAGCGUGUCAUCAAUUAUUUGUUCAAGGAGCGUGGCUACAACAAGGAGCUUCGACCGGUUGAAAAUAAAGACGACUUUGUUCAAGUGAACCUGAGCAUGACACUCUCAAACCUUAUUUCACUGAAAGAAGUAGAUGAAACACUCCUGACCAAUGUGUGGAUUGAGCAUGAGUGGACCGAUCCCAGACUUUCUUGGAAUUCAUCUGAGUUUGACGGGAUAGUCAAGCUACGUUUGCCCCCUCGUAUGGUCUGGCUUCCAGAAAUUGUUUUGGAGAACAACAAUGACGCGCAGUUCCAGGUGGCCUACUACUCCAAUGUGCUGGUAUCUAACGACGGAUCCAUAUACUGGCUGCCCCCUGCUAUAUUCCGCAGCUCCUGCACCAUCAACGUCAACUACUUCCCCUUUGACUGGCAAAAUUGCACACUGAAGUUCAGCUCUUUGACCUAUAACUCUAAAGAGAUCAGCAUGCAUUUGAAAACGGUUGCAGAUGAAGAGGGAAACAGAUCCACUGUGGAAUGGAUCAUUAUUGACCCUGAAAGUUUCACAGAAAACGGCGAGUGGGAGAUCAUUCACCGGCCAGCAAAGAGGAACACCUACAAGAGUAUCCCAAGAGAGAGCAACAAACACCAGGAUGUCACUUUUUACCUUAUCAUCAAGCGCAAGCCCCUGUUCUACGUCGUCAACAUCAUCAUCCCGUGCGUCCUCAUCUCCUUCAUGGCCUCUCUGGUCUACUUCCUACCUGCUGACAGUGGAGAGAAGAUGACCCUGUCCAUCUCCGUACUCCUGGCCCAGUCUGUGUUCCUGCUGCUGAUCUCUCAACGGCUUCCUGAAACCUCCAUGGCCGUCCCCUUGAUCGUCAAGUACCUGAUGUUCAUCAUGGUGCUGGUCACAGUGGUGGUGCUAAACUGUGUCAUCGUGCUGAAUCUCCAUUUCCGCACUCCCAGCACUCACAUCAUGACCGCAUGGACCAAAGACUUCUUCCUAGAGAAGCUACCACGGCUGUUGCGCAUGUCUCGGCCAGCCGACAGUGAGCCCAAGUGGGACGGCGGGGCGCUUCAGAGACGCUCCAGCUCCGUGGGCUACAUCGCCAAGGCGGACGAGUACCACUGCGUCAAGUCCCGCAGCGAGCUCAUGUUCGAGCAGCAGUCGCGUCGACACGGCAUGGAGACACGGCCCACUCCUGCCAUGUGCAAGUCGAACCUGGAUGAUGAUGGUGAGGUGACUCAGCAGCUCUUCAGUGAGAUUAAGCCUGCUGUGGACGGAGCCAAUUACAUCGUCAAACACAUGCACGACAAAAACGACUACAACGAGGAAAAGGACAGCUGGAGUGGGAUAGCCAGGACGGUGGAUCGGCUCUGCUUCUACCUGGUGACGCCGGUGAUGACGAUUGGCACCGUCAUUAUCUUCCUGAUGGGCAUCUACAACCAUCCUCCCCCGUUGCCCUUUGAAGGAGACCCCCACGACUACCUGGAAUCCAACCCGCGACUCAUAUGA